AUUGUAGGAUCCUGCCAAUCUUGUGAUAAUUGUGCAAACAAUCUUGAGAAUUACUGCCCCAAAUACAUACUCACCUACGGUGCCAAGUACCAUGACGGAACCAUCACAUAUGGAGGUUACUCUGACUUCAUGGUGGCCGACGAGCACUUCGUAAUUCGUGUUCCGGACAACCUUCCUCUUGAUGGUGCUGCCCCUCUUCUAUGCGCAGGGAUCACAACCUACAGCGCAUUGAGAUACUAUGGUCUUGACAAACCUGGUAUGCAUGUGGGAGUGGUUGGUCUAGGUGGUCUUGGACAUGUGGCAGUGAAGUUUGCCAAGGCUCUGGGGGUUAGGGUUACAGUAAUAAGUACCUCCCCUAAUAAAAAGAAGGAAGCUAUUGAACAUCUUCGUGCCGAUUCGUUUUUGGUCAGCCGUGAUCAAGAUCAGAUGCAGGCUGCUGUGGGCACAAUGGAUGGCAUUAUCGAUACGGUGUCAGCAGUCCACCCACUCUUGCCUUUAAUUGCUUUGUUGAAGUCUAAUGGAAAGCUUGUUAUGGUUGGUGCACCAGAGAAACCCCUUGAGCUUCCAGUUUUUCCUUUGCUAAUGGGAAGAAAGAUGGUAGCUGGUAGUAAUAUCGGAGGCAUGAAGGAGACACAAGAGAUGAUUGAUUUUGCAGCCAAGCACAACAUAACAGCCCAAGUUGAGGUUAUCCCAAUUGAUUAUUUGAAAACUGCCAUGGAGCGCCUUGCCAAAACAGAUGUCAGAUACCGAUUUGUCAUCGACGUCGGGAACACAUUGAAGUCUACUUAAAUUUUGCAUCCCGGUCUAAAUCAAUGGAUGAACAGGCAAUCGAAAUUGAGUUUGAUUUUGUGGUCUCAAUUUUUGUUGUGUUUUAUGUAAACUCUUCUUGGUACUACUAUCAGCACAAUAUGAUAGGAUGGAUCUUAUCUAAAAGAAUAAAUGGAAAAGUUUGCUGAUUUCGGAA